ACUUCCGGCAGAGAUGUCCCCAGUUCGGCCCCUCCUUCCACACGGCAGGGAUCUUGGGCCCGGGCAGACUGGCUGAGGCGGGGAGCAGCUGCUUUUGGGGCGGGGGUGUCACGUGAGGCUUCUCGCUGCUGAGGGAGGAGGCGAAAAGCUGCGGUUAAGGAGAGUCCGGUUUAACCGUCACCGGGAAGCGCGCUCGUUCGGGAUCGCGGAGUGGGCUGAGGUAAAGACUGGGUCAUUACCUCAGGACAGGCGGUCGCUGUCCCGGGUUCUCGUACGGGUGACACCUGCAACCUUGAUGUCUGGCGGACGGCGAGGGGCUCCGCGGGAGAGUGGAGAGGCGCCGCAGGAAGCCCAGCCACCUUCAGGCCACCGCCGACCCCACUGUGCGUCUGGGAGGCGCUGGGCGCGCACCGGUCAGCGGAGGCGGGAGAGUCUGGGAUCCCAGGGAGCUGCGGGUCUCGCCGCCUGCAGUGCGGAAGACCCGUGACCGGCGCAGACCCCGGCCUUACCUUCCGAGGGUCGAACUGUGCCUGGUAUUUGCCUCUUUCCUCCCGCCUACGGGGUUGCUCGGAGUCGGGCCACCUCACCUGAGGUUUUCCAGAGUGAGAAUGAACUGAGCGUCCUGGGAGCAACUCCGCAUCAGGGUAGAGGCGAAGACGCUCCUAAUGAGCACAGCAGGUUUUUCUUUUUGUUUGUUUGCUUGUUUUGUUUUUUUAACGCUUGGGUAGCGCUCACAUCUUCGGACGUCAGUGGUUGUGUUGAUAUGUAUUGAUAUGCGACCUCCCCCCAGCCAGGCGGCCUCAGGAGUCCUUAAAGACAACUGGGAUUAAAAGAAGGGGUUUGAGAUAGUGAAUUCCUAAGAAGAAAAUAAUGGAUUGCAUAUUAGUUGUUCUCUAAGUGGACUCAACAGUGUGCAAGCUUGUUGGAAAAGCCAAAAGAAGAUGGCAACUCCUUAUGUCCCAGUUCCUAUGCCCAUAGGAAACUCUGCUUCCAGUUUUACAACAAACAGAAAUCAAAGAAGUUCUUCUUUUGGCAGUGUCUCAACAAGCUCAAACUCUUCUAAGGGCCAGUUAGAAGACUCAAAUAUGGGUAAUUUUAAACAGACAAGUGUUCCUGAUCAAAUGGAUAAUACUUCAUCUGUCUGUAGCAGUCCCCUCAUUAGGACUAAAUUUACAGGUGCAGCUUCUUCCAUUGAGUAUUCUACUAGACCAAGAGAAACUGAAGAACAAAAUCCGGAAACAGUGAAUUGGGAAGAUAGACCAUCUACACCUACUAUACUGGGUUAUGAAGUGAUGGAAGAAAGAGCUAAAUUUACUGUAUAUAAAAUACUAGUAAAGAAAACCCCAGAAGAAAGCUGGGUAGUUUUCAGAAGAUACACUGACUUCUCUAGGCUUAAUGACAAAUUAAAAGAGAUGUUUCCAGGUUUUCGACUAGCACUUCCUCCAAAACGCUGGUUUAAAGAUAAUUACAAUGCUGACUUUUUAGAAGAUAGACAAUUAGGAUUACAAGCGUUUCUUCAAAAUUUAGUAGCUCACAAGGACAUUGCUAACUGCCUUGCAGUGAGAGAAUUUCUUUGUUUGGAUGAUCCACCGGGUCCAUUUGAUAGCCUAGAAGAAAGCAGGGCAUUCUGUGAAACUUUAGAAGAGACAAACUACCGCUUACAGAAAGAACUACUUGAAAAACAAAAGGAGAUGGAAUCACUAAAGAAACUGCUCAGUGAGAAGCAACUUCAUAUAGACACUUUAGAGAACAGAAUCAGAACAUUGUCUUUAGAACCUGAAGAAUCACUGGAUGUGUCAGAAACAGAAGGUGAACAGAUCCUAAAGGUGGAGUCCUCUGCACUUGAGGUUGAUCAAGAUGUCCUGGAUGAAGAAUCUAGAGCUGAUAAUAAACCAUGCUUAAGUUUUAGUGAACCUGAAAAUGCUGUAUCAGAGAUAGAAGUAGCAGAAGUGGCAUAUGAUGCUGAAGAAGACUAAUGUAUCACAAGCAGUUCCCUCCAUUUAGACUAUUCAAUAAAUUUAGAAGAGUGGCAAAUACUAUUUUAAAAGAAGAACCAAGAACUGUAAAAUAUAUAGAAAAGAGCAAGAAUGCACAUGUAUAAAGUUUACAUAAAGAAGUUUUUUUAAGUUAUUGAGAUAGGAAAUAUAUUCACUGCUGCUUUUAAUUGUAUUUUAUCCAAUUAUAUUUAAUACACUAAAAAAAAUCUUGUUGGAAUUCUGUUAUCAAGGCCCACAUUCUUAAAUACUGUGCAUAAAUUAUUAUGGUGUUUUGCCUAUAUAUUGCUCCAAACUACUGUGUAUAUAUGUAUGUGUGUUAAAUCACCAAUUAUAUUAAUCAAAUGGAAAUUAAUUGCAUGUUACUAUCUGGGUGAUAUAUUCUUCUUUAUAUCUCUGACAUGACAUAUUUUCAUUAAUAGUUUAAAUCAGUGACCAUCAUAAUAAAGAUAAAAUUUAGUUGAGUUUUUAAUGUUUACAUGUUUACAUCUCUAAAUAAAAUUUGCUUAUUUGAAAUGUUAAUGCUCUUUAGAAAAAAAAAUUACUUUCUAGUACCAAAGGAAAACUACUUGAAAGAGCUGUAAUCAUAUAGCUAAAGUGAUAAGAUAGCCUUGAUUUUAAAAGCUGAUUCAUUAAUAUCAAAAUACUUUAAUAAGUGUCACAGUUAUUAAUAUGUUACAUUUGUUUAGUUUCCACGCAAUCUUUAUCUCUACCUAGAUUUAGUGAGUUUGCCUCUUUCAGAAUACUACCUCCUUUUGUUAAGGCAUAUUCUUUCGAAAAUAUAGAUUCUAAAUAAAUAGGGGCUUAUAUAAAAAAGAAAAUAAAAAGCCAUAUAUACUGCAAAGUUCCUAACUAGCUUGACUCCUGACAUUGCAUUUUUAUUUCUAUUUGUGUGAAGAUGUUGUUAUACUGUAUUAUGGCUGAUUUUCUUUUUAAUAUAUUUAGCCAAGUGAUGCACUUUAUGAUAAUUAAACUCUUUUGUGCCAAGUUUAAUUGGUGGAUUUCUUUAGUAAGUAGAGUUAGGAGAAAGAAUUAUGUAGUGCCUUUACUAUUUCACUUUCUACAAAAGUCUCCUAGGGUCUUUGAGUCAGCUUUAUGAAAAAAUGUUUAUUUCAGCUUUGUGUACAGUCAUUAAAAGUGCCUUGUUUCAUUUUUAUAGGAUGAAGUUAUUUAUUUUCCAUUUUCACUGUUUUGCAUAUUGCUGUUAAUAAGCAUUGUAAUCAUGCUGGCAUUUUGCAAUCCCAGUCGGUAUGCUUUCUAAAAACUGAGGGAAACUUACUGGGGAAAUAGAAUAACAAUCUCCAUUUUUUUCUUUACUAUCUAAAAGUUUAUCGGUAUCUUGAUGUAUAUAUUAAAGUGUGGCUGUUUAAAAUUCUACUGACAUAUAUCAACACAUUCAAUGGCUGUUGUUAACCUUUGAAGUAAAAAGGAGAUCACUUUUUACCAAAUAACCAAAAAUUUUUAGUCUUUGUCAAAGUGCACAGGUAUGUUCUCAGAACAUUUUUCACAAUGUGUAUCAGAAGUAUGUUUGCUAUCCUUAGAGACAGAAAUGAAUAUAACAAAUUGAUCUGCUUAUUUAUUAAAAUUAUUAUUCUAGACUUACAAAAGGCUUAAAAAGAACAAUCAUUUAAUCAGUACCAUUCUGUAUCUUAUAUAACAGAUCUUUGCCAAAUUCUAGAUAUUAUAGUGUUGCCUCUCUGUUCUAAAGUGAACCACCCACUUUUUCAAUCUGGCUUUUUGGAAGAUUGUAUUUAAAGUUCUUCAAGGAUGAAGAAAAAAAUCUGUUAAUUAGGUAAACCACUAUUAUUUAUAAUUUACUUUUUUUUUUACUUUUAUAAUGCAUUUUACUCCCAGUAUUAUGUUCAUUUAAUAAAUUAUUUUUUCACUACAA